AUGGCCGCGCCUGCAGCAGCACCAGUCUCUACCACAACGGAGCUAGCAUUUGCCUCGUGGAAUGAAGAAAAGCCUACGACUAUUGUACUUCUCCAUGGAGGUUUCACCUGCCGUCUCGAGUUUGACCUCGUCAUCCCGCAUCUCUCCGACUUCCAUGUCCUCGUUCCCGACCUCCCUCUGCAUUCCGCGUCACGCCAUGUGAAGCCAGGAACAAUCAACAAUUCGGCUUUCUUAGUCGCACAACUAAUCCAGUCGCAUGCCCAUGGCGGAAAAGCCCACGUCGUUGGCGUUUCCAUGGGUGGCUACGUCGGCCAGUGCCUGGCACUCGAGCUGCCUGACAUUGUCCUGUCGCUCUUCGUUACCGGUGCUGCUCCCCUGGCUGGAAAGCGCUUGUUCAAGGCUCGCUGGCCACGGCUCACCUAUCUCACCAUGCUGUUUAUGCUCAAAGUGAAGCCCAUCUCGGAAUAUCGCGCGCGGAGCUUAAAACAGGGCGUGGUGCUGAGCGAGCAGCUGCUCAUGGAAAUGAGGGACAAUGUUACUUGGGAUGUCGUCAGAGAUAUGUUCCCGUGGAUUUUGGAAUUUGAACUGGAUCACGUGUUUGCCUUGCAGGUGCGAGUCCUCUUGAUUGCGGGUGCGAAAGGAGAUAAUGUGCCCAUCAUGGAACGAACGGCCGAGGCGCUGAUGAGCAGAAGAACCAUCUACAAUGAGGCGUGGCCCGAGGAUGGUUCGGGAGCAGUCCUGAUAAGGGACGCAACGCACGGGUGGGAUAUGCAGUUCCCAGAGCUCUUUGCUCAGGGCGUAUCGGCUUGGGUCUUGGGAGAGGACUUGCCCAAGGAGUUUGAGAGACUGUACCUGUAG